CACAACAAAGCGAUGACAAAAUAGUAAGAAAAAAUACAUCAUAAUUUGAUGAUUGAAACAUGAAAUGCUGAAGUCAUUGAUAAGCGGGUUUCGCAUACAUGGAUCAACGGUAAAAUUUAUCAAUUAUACGAAAAACAAUUUAUUACGUGACUGCACGAAAGGGCGAAAAAUGGUUAAGUUUUUGGGACAAACGGAGGCGAUAAACAUCGAUAAGGAUUUAUUUGAAAAAUACAAAUUCAGCGUCGAUCAGCUGAUGGAAUUAGCUGGCCAAAGUUGCGCCAUUGCAAUAGCAAAAUGUUAUCCUUUGCGAACAAAUUCUUCAAAUUUUGUACUCGUGUGUUGCGGUCCAGGAAAUAACGGCGGAGAUGGUCUGGUAUGCAGUCGACAUUUAAAAUUGUUUGGCUAUGAGCCUGAAAUUUACUAUCCAAAGAAGACGAAAAAUGAGCUGUAUCAAAAUUUGACCCAUCAAUGCAUCGAGAACGGCAUUCCUCUGGUGGAAAAGAUUUCAGACUUGAGACCGUUAAACGAAUACCUGCUCAUCGUCGAUGCUUUGUUCGGAUUUAGCUUUAAGCCACCCGUCAGAGAAAGUUUCAAAGAAAUAAUGGAUGUUCUCAAAAAUGCAAAUGUCCCCAUAUGCAGCGUCGACAUUCCAUCUGGUUGGAACGUUGAAACUGGCCCGUCUGAAGGCGAUAUUAACCCUGAAAUGUUGAUAUCAUUGACUGCGCCAAAGCUCUGCGCUCGUAGUUUCAAAGGAAAAUAUCAUUACUUAGGAGGGAGAUUUGUUCCAAAAAAAUUAGCGUUCGAAUAUCAGUUGGAUCUUCCUGAAUAUCAUGGAACUGACUUAGUCGUUGCUUUGUAAUAAAAUACUUUUUUAUAACUCUAAUAAUAUCGAGUGUUAUUUUUUCCCUGAAACUUACAACAUCGUAUUAGAAAUUUCUGAACUAUGUUUGUAAACAAUGGGAACUGCCUUGAUAAACUCAUUCUUCCAAAAAGAUUGGAUAACUGAUCUUUUUUUGUUGUCAAGACAAAAUGAAAAAAUAAACAACUGUUAUAUAGAUGCAUUCAUAUUAUUGUGUUGGUUGGAGAUGUUAUAUUCGGUUGUUUUUCUCUUUUCUUUUAUUUACGCAUCUUUAAAUGAUGAUAAUAUUAACAUUUUCUGACAAUAUUAUAUUAUAAUACAAUUAAUAUAAUAACACGCCACCAUUACAUUGUGGUAGAGUACGGUUUUGGGUGCCAGUUUUUCACGGUCUUUUUAUCAUGCGAUCAUUCAACUCAAUAGCUCAGAUCAACAUUUUUAUAUUAUCUAAAUACUGAGUAUCAAUCGUGUGAUGCUGCAUGUAAAUGUUGUAUCCAGCAAUAUUGUUAAAUUGCAUAUCUGCAUAUUUGAUAUAAUUACCACUUAUUUCGAAUACUAGGGGAGUCUUAGGCGUUACUUAUACAUUUUAAUAGAAGUGUCAAGAAUACCUCCUCGUAAUAACGUCAAAAGAUAUCGUGCGGAACAAGCUGUGUGUUCAUAUUUUCAUUAGUGCAAAAAGUAGCCAAAAUUGAAAGAUCAUAAGUAGAGUGUCUAAAUCUCCAUCAGAAACUUGAAAGCAAGUUUUAUCUAUUAUAGUCGAUUCAAUUUCAAAUUCUCGGGUAUACUAUUUAAGCUACAAUCUAGGCGCCGACUCCAUAUUUUGCCAGAGCUGGUUAGCUAACAAACUCUACAAUACACGUAGAAUUAUCAAUUUGGCAAUUAUUGUACUAUUACAUUUAAUCUUAUUCGCAGCCUCUCAUUAUUAUCGUUACAUCAGCCCGAUUGAACUAAGUUACCUGUAUUGGAUCGGGUAUAAUACUUUUAUUGUCAUCAUUCAAUACCUCGAUUAUGUUGUAUAUAAGUUUCAUCAAAGUUCGUAGCUUUCUAAAAUUACAUUUGCUUAUCAAAUAAUGUAAUAUCGAUUAGUUCUUACUAAUAGUUACUAGUCAAGUAACAAGAAGAUUCUGUGUAUGAAUUUUCAUUCAUCAAUUGAAACAUCUGCUACCACAACUUGUAUUUGUGGUAAAAAUAUAUUCAUAGAUAAUUUAGUCGAAGAAUGAAAACCUCAAUGUAAGUUAGUAUAUGAAUGAUAUUAUUUACACUAAAUGUCUUGAGACCUACGUCCAUUAGUUACAUACAAAGGAUGAGAUGAAAAUUAAAAAAUUGAGUGAUUCUCCCUAAUUGUGUUCAAUGCUCGAGCAAAACAUUCAAUGUAAUUUAUUUACGAUAAUAUUUGCAUUGGACUUAUCGCAAAAAGUUUUACAAGAUCCGGGGAGUAUUUUCGUACUUUCACCUUAUAAGGUAUCCAAACGUUGAAUUCUUGCUUAUUUUAUUAGAGCUGCUUCUUGACCACGGGCUUCUUUUUGUAUUUGGAAUGAUAGGCUGGCAAGACAUCGUAGAAAAAUUUACAGAACUGAAUAUCAUGACAGAAUUAUUGUCAACGAGAAGUAUAAUUCGGCAAGACAUGAGGCAUAAUUAACAAAUGCGCAGCAUAGUUUAAAGUGUCAUUACUUACAAGUGCACAGUCAAUAUCAACAUUUGUAAUACAUUAUUGAAUGUUACGUUUGAGAAAAUUUUAUUUUACUAUAACCUUCUGAAGUAUGUAUCAAUAAUCCUACAUGUUCAUUUAUUUCUUUAAUCUGUUUUACUGCAAUCUUUAGUUUCUUUAGAAUAUCUUCAGUAUGGCCUAUACUAAUCGUACGGCAUUCCAAAACUGCACU